AUGAGUACAUAUCGGCUGAAAAUUUACAAAUAUUAUCGAUUAUCCGCUAUGGGAGAUGCUGAGACAGAAAACGUGUCAGCCUUCAUUGACACCUCAAGUCGUCGUAUUUCAGUGUAUUGUGGGCGAUCGGAGAAGGAAAGAGUUCCGAUUUUAUUGGAUACUCAGGAAUUUCCGAAAAUCAUCUUCCGCGAGUCGCAUGUCUACGUAUUGUACAGCUUGAAUACAAAAGAUGGAUUCCGUUUGACUCUCGAUCAAGAUGGAAGUGAGAAAUUCAAGGAAGUCAUAACUUCGACCAGAAAACUGAUAGCGACGGAUCGGAGAGCGUCAUCUCCAGAAGUCGUUUUCGAAAGAGCUGGAAUUCCACGUGACAAAGGAAACGAGAAGCGGAAGAACCCAUCGUGUCAUUCUCAAGGAGCGCCGCCACGUGAAGUCAGCAUUGCUUCAUCAGACCGAAAAUAUCACUCACAAGCGCCUCGUGUCCGUCAAGAAUCCACUCCACAAGUUCCGAUUCCGAAUUGUCGACGUGAUUCGACGGCCGUUUUUCCGAGAAAUCCGUCGUCGAGUCCUCAGAUGUUUUUGUGUUCUCCCAGUUACUCGUCUCCAAUUGAUCACAGUCAGCCACGUGGCGUUUCUUUUGAUCUGAAUUCUGUCUCUACCGCUUAUAAUCCGAAUCCACACUCGAUAAAUUCGUUUGAACAUUCGGUAAUUCGACCGACAGAACACGAAUACGGAGAGUCGGUGCCGGUGAAGAAGAGUAAGCGAGGAAGCGGACACGAGAAGAAAAAAACCGCCGACGCCUAUGUCCAGACUGACGAUCUACUUGAUAUCCUUAUUGAAGAUGAGGAAUUCACACAGAAGGCGUUGCAGAGUCUAAUGAAUAAUCCACAGUUCAAAAGUCUCGUCGAAGCGACACAAAAACGAUUGGAGAAGAUGGAUGUGGUGGAAAUGAAGAGAUUGCAUUGGAAAACCGAUCCCCAACGACAUAGCCAAGGAAUGCCGCCGCCUGUCAUCAGUAUUCAGACUUCGGAAAUGGAGAAAAAAUAA